GCAUAGACUGCUACGCCGCGCCAGAGUCAAUGGCGCGGGGCUACCUGCGCGACGAUGAUGACAGCAUGGAAGUUGCGAUUGAUGGGUCCUGCACCAAGCCGCCAGCUAAGGAGUUCCAACGUGCAGCAUGGAGCACUGCCCUCCUCGACCCGCGGUCAAGCACCCCGCUCUGUUCGACCCAUGCGCCUGUCCCAGCAUCUCUGCCGCAGUCCUCGGCCACGGGGGAGCACCUCGGCGCGGCCUUUGUGUCCCAGAUCGCCGACCGCCCCUGCCAAGCCCACGCCGACUUCAUUGGACUCAUCAAGCUGGGCAACAAGGGGAAGGGGCAACAGCUUGCCAGCAAGACGCCCUACGCGCGCGUAGCCCGCUUCGCGCAGUCGCUCGAGGGCUUCCAGCACAUCCAGCAGUACCACCAUGUAAAGGCGCACAGAUCUGGCACCGAGUACGAGGCAAUGGACUACGGGGAUUCCCAGAUCAACCCGCUAGGUCACAAGCUAGUGGCGGUCAACCAGUGCGGAACACUGAUAGGAGACAGCAUCGAGAGCGUCAAGACCGUCUUUGUUUGCGUGAGGUGCGGAGCCCAGGCGCAGCAACGACGUCGACUCAAACUGCCAUUUCCCUGCGUAGCGGCCACAAUCAAGGGCUUGGAGGUCUUGCAGAAUCUGCAGAAAAGAGUGGGACCGCACAAGACAUUGCAGAAGUUCAUCGACUCCACCACCCCAUUGAAGAGAGUCAGGACCGAUACGAUCACCAGCUGCACCUACACGAAGGUUGACAUUCUCAAGGAUUGCGACAUGGUGCAGGAGGAGAACCACACGUUCGAGCACAGGAUGGCAGCUCUACACCACCGGGAGAUCUGCCUGAAUUGCAACAGGGUCCUGCAGGGCAAGGUUGCAGGCAUGCUCGCGUGGGAAAUGCUGCCCACCAGCGAGAGGAGAUAG